ACGCAUCCCCGAGCCCGCUAGACCCCAGCCAAGCAGGCGAGCUCGUCUACGAGAUGGCAUCCAUCCAUCCAUCUCAUCAACUCGACCCGUCUGCCUGCCUGCCUGACCCCCUCGUCGGUCAAGGCUGAAUCCCUCGCGUCUCCAGUCCAGUCCAGCCCAGUCGUCCCUCUCCCAGCGCGCACACUCCUUCAGCCCUGACACGCCCGUCUCUGUCUGUGUGCACUACUGUGUACAUCACUCAACUGCUUACGUCUCCGCCGCUUCCAUCUCAUAAUCCACCUCCACACCACACAUCACACCCCAUCCCCUCCCAUCACAUCCCACUCGCUCGCUCGCCCACCCGCCUCUGCCUGCACGCUCGUCCGCGCAACUACACUCGUUUAUCCCCACCCAGAACCGCUCCGAGCACCCGCGCAAACCGUCUCAUACACAUAUGCCACGACCAUCCCGUGACUUUGUUCGCCUUGUUCUUCUCCCAGCCUGCCUUUAACUUGGAUCCAUCUGCCUUGUUCUUCUUGCACCACACCACUACCGCCAGCGUCGCCGCCUUUUGCUGCAUUGCUCUCCCCCUCAUCCUUCGUCGUCAGUCGCGCUCGCUAGCUCGCCUGGUUACGUGACCGCGACCGUCCCAAUGGUCCAGCGUACCGAAUCAAAACGCUACAUCAACCUCGACCAGAAUGCCGACGAAGGUACGGCGUGGUACUGGCGCUUCAUAGCCAUGGCUGCCUCGUGGAUGAUCCUGGGCGGUUAUCUGAUCUUGCCAGGCCUCUAUUCCAAAGAACAUGAUCUCCGCUUCAGCCAGGCAGUUCUAUCCGUCUUCGUUGUCGCAUUACUCACAGCCGGCUAUUCUUUCACCGCACUGCUCUGCUUCGCAUGUCGCAGCGAAGUCUUCCAGGCCGAGUCCAUCUUCCUUCCCGCUCUCACAUCUUCCGCCCUCGGCCUCCUCGCCCUGGCCUACAACUUCCUAUCCUCGCGCGCCUAUGUCUGGAAUACUGCCGCCAUAUCCGCCACCGUCAUAUCCGCCACGUCCACCGUCAUGUACGCUUGCCUACUGCUCUGGACUCACCGUCGCAUCGUAAAACUGAAAGAAAAUGCCUCCAAGGAUUCCAGCCUCUGGUCCGAGCGAUCCUACUAUUCCAAUUAUGUUGCCAACAUGUACCCGACUGCAUCGCGCUCGCCAUCUGCUGCCCCCGCCAUCCCAUUAAGCGAAGACGACCGCAUCAACCAACAAAUGGCCCUCCUCCUCAUGAACAAGGAACCCAACCCGAGCCCUGACGCAAGCAGCGCAACAUUCAGAAUCGACUUACCAGAUGAUAGGGAGGAAAGGGAGCGGUUAGCAAAUAGCCAAGAGCUGAACGGGUCCUUUUCUCACACACAACAAACCUCUCAAUGGACGCGCGAGCGAGCGCACAGUCGUCCAGACAGUUUGGGAGAAACUCAAGCUUGGACUGUAUGGCAGGAUAGAGGACGAGCACCCAACCGACCCUCAAGCGUCGGUGGGCAAAGCUCUCACUCGCGAGGUCCGAGCCGAGAAGAAAGAAGACGAGAAAUCGAACUUGGCCGGUACAAUCCUUGAUGACUACCGGUUUUCCAUUCUCGCACUAACUUUCCUCGACUUCAUCGGCCAACGGCUAUUUCGGUUCCAUCUACUAUUCGUCCUGUCUCGGAUUUUCAUUUCCUUUCCCUUUGUUUUCAGCGUCGGUGUUUCAUUCGGAAUAAGUGGGUUAUAUCAAGGAGUUAUCAUGGACUAGGCUGUCCUUUUUUGGGGGGAUGAUUUCACGGUCUGCGCAUUCUUAGUGUCCGGUUCGAAAUGUGAAGCAGCGUUGGAAUACCUGCUGCACCAGGAAGAGGUGGCUUGCUAAUCAGUCGGGAGGUGAGACGAAGGAGAGUCUGCUUCCGCGAUAACUUGUCCAUUUGCGAAGGCCCUUCUCUUGGACCAUGUCAUCUUUUUCCCUUUGACAUAUACCAUCAUACUCUACACACAUCGCACUUUGUCCUGUCAUACUAUAUCAUAUCAUACUAAAUAAAAUAACUUAUACUGUAACACUCUGCUCAUCUUUGUAGUUCUCUACGGGUGUCCUCCGAUCACUGCUUUUGCUUGUUGCAAUCUUGCGACUGCGUUGUAAAAACUGCAACUUUUUUUUUUAGUAAUCGCUUUGUUUUGGGGUGUCUUACCAUUGCAGUAAAAAUCGCGUUGUGAGAACACACAAACUCCAACCCUAAAAUCUAUUUAUUGUAGUUCGAUACUGUAAAAACUCCGUAAAUAACGAUAUGCUACCUUCGUGUCGCCCCCAGAACAAGAUGCGAUUUCUUCACCCACUCGUAUCGUCUCCUUUGCCUUCUUCAGCCCAUAAUGUUUCUCAUAUUUUCCCUUUCUCUCUCUCUUUU